UUAAACGGCAAUAAGAGUUUAUUAUUAUGAGGUCGUUUGUACCAUUUAGACUUUAAAGCGCGAAUCUCUUUUAUAUAUAUUUAAAGUUAGACUUAAAGAUUAUGCUAGCAGCUAUCGUUAGCCACACAGCGUCUGUUAGCCCUUAGUUGCCCUGGCAACGGACAGGACGAGCAUCAACGAGGCCGCGAACCGACUUCCCGCCGUCAUUUAGCUGUUUUUAGUCAUUGUUAUUUUUUAACGGAAGUCUCCUGAAUGGCCGCGGAGGGGAGACGCGGGGAGGAAGAGGACCAUGGGCCCGGAGCGGCUCACCGCGGGUUCGUGGUGAUGGAGAACCUUCUGGAGAAGCUGAAGCUGCUGAACUACGAGGAGGAAGUUCUGGUGAAACACAACAUGAAGAGCCUGGCCAGACAUUACUUUGUCUCCAGUCCGUACCUGGCAUCCAACCCGGGCGAGCAGUUUUACAUGUUCACCAUCAUCGCUGCCUGGCUCAUCAACACGGCAGGAAGGCCUUUCGUAGAGCCUCAGGAGUACGACGAGCCCAACGCCACCGUGUCCAACAUCCUGGCAGAACUCAGGGCUUUCGGUGUGAAGGUGGACUUUCCACCCUCCAAACUGAAGUCAGGCUCAGGCGAGUACGUCUGCUUCGUGUUGGAUCAUCUGGCUGAGGAGGCGUUGAAGAACAGAGGCUUCAUCUUCAGAAGACCAAACUAUCCUGCAGAAAACCCGGAGGAAGAGUCUGUGAUCGACGAUGAUGCCGAGCUCACGCUCAGCAAAGUAGAAGAAGAGAUGGUUGAAGAAGCUGACGAUGAGGAGAACGUGAUGGACCUGGAGGCUCUGAAGUUACGAAGUGCUCACACUGAAGCAGAACCAACCUCCAAACCCGACGAGAUUCUGGAGUCUACAGUGGACGCUGCAGAGUGGAGGCUGGAGGUGGAGAGAGUCCUGCCGCAGCUCAAAGUCACCAUCAGAACCGACAACAAGGACUGGAGGGUCCAUCUGGACCAGAUGCAUCAACACAGAGACGGGAUCAAGUCUUCCCUCAAAGAGACCAAGAGCUACUUGGACAGGCUUCAGGAAGACAUCGGGAAGACUCUGGAGAAGGUGGGCAGCAGAGAGAAGUACAUCAACAACCAGCUGGAGCAUCUGAUCCAGGAGUACCGCAGUGCUCAGGCCAAACUCAGCGAGGCCACGGAGCGCUACAAGGAGGCAAGUGGAGGAGUGACGGAGAGAACCAGAGUCCUGGCUGAGAUCAGCGAGGAGCUGGAGAAGGUGAAGCAGGAGAUGGAGGACAAAGGCAGCAGCAUGUCUGACGGAGCUCCGGUGGUGAAAAUCAGACAGAGCCUCACCAAGCUGAAGCAGGAGAUCGUUCAGAUGGACGUGAGGAUAGGCGUAGUGGAGCACACGCUGCUGCAGGCCAAACUCAAAGAGAAGUCCAACAUGACGCGCGAGAUGCACGCCACCAACAUCCCCGAGCCUGCUGCCGGGCCCUUCGCUUAGCACCGCUGACAAGACGGGCCCCAGGGCCCAAAGAGAGGUUCUGUUCUUCCAAAUGGAACUGGACGUUUUUCAGUCCUUAAAACCAAGUAGAUAAUCCAUCAAAAAUGUAUUUUGUAGUAUAAAUACAACUAUUUAUUGAUUCUUUUAUAUAAUUGGUAUUUUUGUUGUUUAAAUAAACUGCAAUUUUUUUUCUAAACUA